AACAAUUGUGUGGAUGCUUUACAGCAUCCACACAAUUAAAGACACUUUGGUAUGUGGCGCUGCAACAUCGCCCUCUUUUGCUCUGGACAGCAAAUGACACGUUUGCUUUAAUCACCGACAGCCGAUGAGCGAGUCAGGCAGUCGCUCUGCCAGCCAGCAACAACCAGCCGCCUGAAUGUAGAUCCGCAUGGGCUACUACUACUACUCUAUCUCCCCAAAUAACCCAGCGGAAUCAUAAGAUAAGGAUCCCAGGAUGGUGUUAGUGCAUGUCGGAUAUCUGGUUCUUCCUGUAUUCGGCUCAAUAAGAAACAGAGGAUCCCAUUUCAACCGGCAACAGCAACAGCAGCAGCACAGCCAUGCUACCUCUUGCCGGCACUUCCAGCUAGGUCCUCAGGCCCCGUUGCCCAUGGACUUCCCCAUGCCCCACCCAGGGCAGCCACAGUCAGGCAUUAACCCACACCUGGCCCCUCCUAGCCACCAGCACGGCCCUCCGCUCCACCCCACCCUCACCCCCCCCCGCCACUUCCCCCGGCCGGCCCCUCCGCCCCCCCCGCCCCUCAACCCCCUGCCCACCCCACAGUUCCAGGACAUCCCUGGCCCCCCAUUCAUACCUCAGGCAUUACACCAGCAAUACCUCCUCCAGCAGCAGAUCCUUGAGGCCCAGCACCGACACAUCCUGCCACCCUCCAGACGCACCCCUGAGAGAGUUCCUCACCAGCCCCACAGGCUGCGGCCUGGCUAUGAGUUUGCUCCCCCUCUUCAUGUGCCCCCUCAACCUGUGGUGCAGCAGCCCCGCUACCUGGCUGAGGGCACAGACUGGGAUCUAAGUGUAGAUGCUGGACUGCCUCCCCACCAGUAUCACAUCCAUCCGCUGCCGCAGCACUAUCAACACUACUUGACCUCUCCUAGGAUGCACCACUUCCCUAGAAACAAUGCCUCAACACAAGUGGUUGUCCAUGAGAUCAGAAACUACCCAUAUCCCCAGCUACACUUGCUGGCUCUGCAGAGUCUCAACCACUCCCGUCACGCGUCUGCUGUUAGAGAGAGCUACGAGGAGCUUCUGCAGCUAGAGGACAGACUUGGCAGUGUAAACCGUGGAGCGGUCCAAACCACCAUAGAGAGAUUCACUUUCCCCCAUAAGUACAAAAAGAGAAUACCCCAGGACCUGAAGAUGUGUCUGGAUGAUGAGGAGCUGGACACCGAUGAGAAGUGCACCAUCUGUCUGUCAAUGCUGGAGGAUGGAGAGGAUGUCAGGAGAUUACCCUGCAUGCACCUCUUCCACCAGGCCUGUGUGGAUCAGUGGCUGGCCACCAGCAGGAAGUGCCCCAUCUGCAGAGUGGACAUUGAGACCCAGCUGAACCCUGACAGUUGAUAGCUCCUGUCCACUCCUGCAGCUUUGGGUCUUGUCUUGUUAAUUCUCCAUUGCCUUCCCUCUGGUGGGGAGAGAGCUCUGCCAAACACCCCUCUUCCCCUCAGCAUCACUCAACGAGCCUGCUUUCUGAGACAGGUGUGACAGAGGGAUCAACAAAGCACACUCACCUACAACACAGUGAGGGAUUGGGGUUGAUGCACAGAUAGGUGGCUGGACUGAUGCUUAGUUGAAUGGACUUUACUGAAUGUAAAAGGUAGGAAGCAGACACAUAUGAACAGAUGUGCUGAGGUCUCACACGAUUCUGUCAGACUGUGCACAUUUCUCCAUAUAGCCACCGAGAGAGAGUGAACGCUCUGGAUACCAACCUCCCCAGCUCAGUGUGGUGCGUUUCUCUGCCACUAUAUCUAAACCCCUUAUGCCAGACCUGUGAAAAAUCCAUUAUUAAGCUGCACUCUGCCCAAGCCCUCAGCACAUCUGUACAGAGCAUUAUCAAAUGAUUAGCAUGAGGUUGUUUGGUGUGAACUCUUGUAGCUGAACGCUUGUGGUGUAAUGGAGUAUAGUACUGAAUAAGUAUUUACAGAGUAUCAGUGUUGUGUAGCAAGCAAAAGCCUUUUGAGAAAUGUGUUUGUGGAAAAUUAACAUAUAAAGAGGGUGAAUGCAGCUCUAACAGUGAGAAUAUUCAGUGUGUUAAAUCAUAGGCAAUGAGAGAAAGCACUAGUUGUGUAAAAAAAAAAAAAGCCAAAAACCCCUCUUUCUUGUCUAACAUGGUUUUGGAUUUACAGUUAGUAGAUGCCACCAGAGUUGAUGCUAAAGCCGCAAACUGCAGGCAUGGCUUCCAGUGAUCUGUGUA